UAAAAUAUUAAAAUUUAAUAGCAUGUGGAGAGUUGUCAAUUUCGAAGAAGAUAAUACAGUUGAUGUUGUACCAGACUUCUGGUUUAAAAAUGGCUACUGUGAAUGGCCUAAUAAAACCAACAGAAUGGAUGCCAAAACAUCAAUUAAACGACGCAUGAAACCAGAUGAGAUACAUUUUACAAGAUUCAAAGCACGGUCCUUAUUAACUAAUAUUGCUACUUUUCAAGAACCCGAAAGCAAAGCAAUGAAAGCACAAGUGACAUCUGAAUUUUCGUCUAAUGAAGAUGAAAUUAACAUCGCUACAAGAAAACGAAAAAUAAUCGAAAAUGAUAAAUCCUUAAAAACCAACUCUGUUAUAUCACAAUUAGCCAAACCUCCUACAUAUUUUGAAGAAUCUGAACCAGAUUAGUGUUCAAGUUUACCAUUUUAUGUUUUAUGUUCAUGGAUACUGAUAUAAU